UUUUACGAUUCGCAUCUUUUCCGAUAGGUGUAGCGAUCUCGCCGCUUCUUUCGGCCGUUCUCCUUACGAUGGUGGAGAUAAAGGUUCAAACUCCGGAGAAAAAGGCUGCAGCUGAACCAGCUGCAGCCAAAGAAGGUGCAAAGAAGAAAAGCAAAUCUACUAGGGGACCGCCAAGGAAUUAUGACUUAGGAAAUGGCGUUUACAGGUUCAGCCGUACUCGCAUGUACCACAAGAAGGCCAUUUAUAAAUUCCUUGACAAGAAAACACCCAAAAAAGUCAAGCCGAAGAAACCAUUGACUAUUGAAAAGCAGAUCGGUGGUGAUAAGAAUGGAGAGAAGCGUAUUGUGCUUUUAAAAAAGAGACGUGCUAACUAUCCUACUGCUGAUCGCGUUACCGUACAUCAUGCUAAGAAAUGUUUCCAUGAACAUCGUCGUUAUUUGAGACCUUCUCUGAAACCAGGGACAGUCUGUAUUCUGUUGGCUGGUCCUCAUAAAGGAAAGAGAGUGGUCUUUUUGAAACAACUGAAGAGUGGUUUACUUUUAAUUACCGGCCCAUUCCUGAUCAAUGCUUGUCCUUUGCGAAGAGUCAGUCAAAAUUAUGUGAUUGCUACUUCCACGAGAUUGAAUUUAUUUGGCAUCAAAUUGCCUCAGCACCUUACUGAUAAUUAUUUCCAGAGGAAACGCGACAAGCGCGCAAAGAAAGAAGAAGGUGACAUCUUCAGCAAAAAGAAAGAAGAAUAUAAACCAAGUGAUCAGAGGAUAGCUGAUCAGAAAGUAGUUGACAAAAUGAUAAUUAAUGCUAUUAAAAAACAUAAAGAUAAAAAGUUACUGUUCACUUAUCUGUCAGCGAUGUUUGGACUACGAAGCAGUCAGUAUCCACACAGAAUGAAAUUUUAAUUUUCUGUCGUGUUCAUAAUCCAAAAUUUUCAAGGAAAUAAACUAUAAAAUUACAAA